UGCACACAAUUGGCUAUUCAUUAUAGUAGACGACGGAAAAUAAAUUUAUUUUAUUAUUUGCAUUACUAGUUAAAAGUGUGACAAACAGUGUGUGUGACAGACAAGUGUUGCCUAACAGUAAUAGACAUCAUAAACAUCUAAAUAGUUACACAAAAUUCAUUACAAUUAUAACAGUUACUAACAAAUCACUAGCAAAUGGGUGUCAUUAAGAAGUUAUUGCUGAUCGGAGUGGUGGUGGGUAUCGGUGCUGUGAUCUACCCAUUGGUGGUCACACCUCAACACAAAUUGCCUGAACUUAAGGAUAAAUGGUUUGGCAAAACUUCACUCAAGAGUGGAGAAGCCUUUCCCAAAGAGUCGGUCGCUAUCGACAAGUUUGUGGUGAAUGUGUCCGAAGAUGUGUUGACAGACUUGAAGAGACGGCUGGAGUCGGCCCGAUAUGUGGAGCCCAUCGCCGGAACAGCUUUUAAUUACGGCUUUAAUAGCGAUUAUCUCAAGAAAGUGAUCGCCUAUUGGAGGAAUACAUACGAUUGGCGUAAGACUGAGACGAUAUUGAAUCAAUUCCCGCAAUUCAAGACUCGGAUCCAUGGCAUCGAUGUUCACUUCAUUCACGUGAAGCCAUCCAAACCGGCCAAAACUGUCGUUCCUCUACUGAUAACUCACGGUUGGCCUGGAUCAGUUUGGGAGUACUACAAGUCAAUCCCACUGCUAAUUGAACCCACAAAUGGUGUGGCGUUCGAAGUGAUUGUUCCGUCAAUACCUGGCUAUGGCUUCUCGGAGGCACCGCAUCAGGAGGGCUUCAAUGUUAUGGAAACGGCGAGAAUUUUCGUAAAACUCAUGAACCGCUUGAACCACAAGAGAUUCUUCGUUCACGGAGGAGAUUGGGGUAGUUUUGUGUCCAAAACCAUGGCUCAGUUGUACCCAAACAAUGUGCGAGGAAUGCAUAUAACAAUGGCUCCCCUGGUAUACGACGGGCCCACUAUCGCGAAGAUGAUGUUAGGCUCCUAUUUCCCGGCCCUUGUGUUUGACGACCCGGAAAGGGAUCACAAGAAAUUGUUUCCAUUUUUAGAUAACUUUUAUAUGAUAUUACGAGAGUCGGGAUACUUCCACAUUCAGGCCACUAAACCGGAUACAGUGGGCGCCGCACUCAUGGACAGCCCCGUAGGUCUGGCCGCUUAUAUAUUGGAGAAGUUCUCGACGUGGACUGAACCCAAAUGGCUGAAUAAAGCCGACGGCGUGGGCGCCGCACUCAUGGACAGCCCCGUAGGUCUGGCCGCUUAUAUAUUGGAGAAGUUCUCGACGUGGACUGAACCCAAAUGGCUGAAUAAAGCCGACGGCGGACUCACCCAAAAGUUUACUUUAGACGAGUUGCUCACAAAUAUCAUGAUCUACUGGGUGUCCAAUAAUGUGGCCUCAAGUAUGCGCUACUAUAAGGAAAAUGCCGGCCUUAUGAUGGACGACAUGAACAAAAUCCCGGUGUCGGUGCCCUCAGCCGUGGCUGACUUCCCCAACGAGUUGGGUCACGCGCCCAAAGCCCUGUUGCGGAGAACACUACCCAAUUUGGUUCAGUACACAGAUAUGCCUCGAGGGGGACACUUCGCCGCCUUCGAGGAGCCCCAACUGGUUUGCGAUGACAUCAAGACAUUUGUCACAACUGUUUUAGACAUUGAAUUGUCCACAAAAGACAAGUUGAAAAAUACGAAACAGUGAUUAGAGAUUGUUUUUAUAGACAU